AUGCUUGCGGGUAACCCGAAGCUGCGUGAGAAGGGCGACUCUAUAGAGGAGAAGGCUAUCACGUGGGUGUGCCUCGACUACGACAACCCCCACCCAGAGCAGCGAGGCAUCCCAAACUUUAAAUGUCCGAACGGACUUCGCGGCCAGGUGAACUUUCCGAUGUGCUGGGACGGCAAGAACCUCGACUCGCACGACCACAAGUCGCAUGUGGCGUACGCUACGGGGCUGGACGGCGGACGCUGCCCCGAUGGCUGGAAGAAGAUGAUCAAGAUCUUCUACGAGGCGUUCUACAAUGUCGCUCAGUACGACGAUGAAUGGGACGGCGACCAGCAUCCGUUCGUGUUGGCCAACGGCGAUCGCACGGGCUUCAGCUUCCACGGCGACUUCCUCAACGGAUGGGACGUUGACGUUCUCCAAGCUGCGGUGGACCAGUGUGCCGACAAGAACUACUUUAACGCCGGCGAGUGCGCUCCGCUUUCCGCCUCGUUCAGUGAUAAAGCCCCCGAGGCUCGAUGCACUACGAAACCAGAGAUCGUGGAGGACAUCACGAUGGUGACGAAGCUGCCGGGCAACAACCCUGUUGACGGUGAAAUCGCAACCCCCACGGCGUCUUCGUUCUCGAAUUCGACCUCGUCUGCAGGCUCAGUUCGCUCUGUCGAUGAUGUUGCACUUGAAACAGAGACCGACACCAGUUCCGUAGCAGGUGAAGCGGACACGGUUCUACCAUCGGUCCACAAAAGCGAUUCGAAUUGCAAGCCCAAGAGCACCAGAUCGGAGGCCUUCUUCGCGUCAGAAGUGGCAGCCGAGCUCGCGUUUAACAGACCGCGAGCUCACUUUCCGAUUGACAAGCAGCCCACAAGAAUCACGAUGCCUUCCUACCGCCGCAUCCAAGUGCACACGUACUCCACGGACUUUCUGAAGGCGACUGAGAUUGUCGAGGAGCCCGAGCUGCCCACUGCCGGCCCUGGUAACGUGGUCGUGGAGAACCGCUUCUUGGGCAUCAACGCGACGGAUGUAAACAUCACCAACGGCGGCUACGGACGCACUACGCUUCCUGUGAAGUGCGGACUCGAAGCAGCUGGAGUCGUCGUUGAAGUGGGUGAAGGCGUCGAGGACAUCAAGGUCGGGGACAACGUCGCCUACUCGAACAUCGGAGCCUUCUCGGAGUACCUGGAGGUCCCCGCCUCGAAGAUCAUCAAGUCACCGGAGCUGUCCCCUGCACUUGUCCCCCUCACGGUCUGUGGCGUGUCAGCUUCCCUCGCCCUGGACAAGGCUGGCGAGAUGAAGUCCAACGAGACGGUCUUCGUGUCUGCUGCAGCGGGAGCUACGGGCCAAUUCGCCGUGCAGCUGGCAAGGCUCGCAGGCAACCACGUCAUCGGCGCGUGCAGCUCGGAUGAAAAGGUCGAGUACCUCAAGUCUCUGGGCGUCGACCGCCCCAUCAACUACAAGAAGGAGGACCUCAACGCCGUCCUCAAGGAGGAAUACCCGAAUGACAUCGACCUCGCAUUUGAAGGAGUGGGCGGCGACAUGUUCAAGGCGGUGCUGGACAACAUCGCCAUCUUCGGUCGCAUUAUAGUCUUCGGCAACUGCUCUCACUACCAUGGGGACGCCGGCACCGAUCCACAGUUCGGCUACCAGCAGAACCGAAAGAUGCAGCUCCGCUCGGCGUCUCUGCGUGGCUUCCAGCGGCGCCACCACCCGAAGGACGAGCCGGAACACCUCAAGCGUCUUCUGAAGCUCGUCGAGGAGGGCAAACUCAAGGCCGGCAUCGACCCGACCGUCUUCCAGGGCUUCGAGAGCAUCCCCAAAGCUCUCGACCGGCUGUACGCGCAGCAAAACAUUGGCAAACUCAUCGUUCGCCUGUAG